AUGGCGGCAAUGGCAACAACCUCACGCGAUGAGGAGUUCCAUGAUCUCAUUACAAUACUUAGAAGCAAGAUUAAGAAUGAAUUGUUCGAACUUGUUGCUCUACUGGGGAAGGGAGAGUUGGAGUAUUGCCGGUUUAGCAGUUGGUGUCAAUUUCCGGUGUAUGAGAUGGACUUUGGGUGGGGAAAACCGGCUUUAGUUUGCACGACGAGUUUGCCGUUAAAGAACGUGAUAGUUUUGGUGAGGAGUAGGUGUGGAGAAGGGAUAGAAGCUUGGGUGAACAUGAGCAAGGACAACCUUGGAGUGCUUGAGAACAAGUUGAGCCAACUCGUUUGA